CCUCCUCCCUCGAAGCUGAAAGACGACCGAAUAGAGUUCGAGCUGUGAGCGUGUGAGUACCACUACCACCACUCGCAAGGGGUGAAACUAGUCCGCAUGAUUUUAUUAAGUUGCUGAAUUAAAUCAGAUGGCAUGGUUUCCGCUUCAGGACGCGAUUUCUUAGCCCAGCAGAGCGCUUGCGCACGCAGCAAAUUGUGAGCGCUAGCAAUAGCAGCAAGCGCUUUCUGUUUUACCGGAACCGGGCCGAGCCAAUCUGCUGCUGUCCGCCUGCACUGCACGCGCGCCGCCGCCGGCGUCAUCACUCGCUAGCUGCUGUGCGCGCGCCGCCGUCUCGGCCCUUUGGGGACAAAGGUGGGCAGAGCAAACAGGAAACGAGCAAAAAAAGGACCCCAACGGAUUUCGCUGCGGAAGAGGGGGGAAACAUGCGGCCGACGAUGCUGGCGCCGCGGAGCCUGCGGAAGGCGGCCGUCCCGCCGGCCCUGCUCUCCGACCCGACGCCCGGCAGCCUCCAGCCCACCCGCCUCGCCGUCCACCUCAAUGGCGCCGGCUCCUCCUGCUCCGCCUACCUCGCCUCCGGCUGCCGCGUCUACAAGAUCGAGAUAAGCAUGGAUGGUGCAAUGCUGUCCAAAGGAAAGGAGAGCCUUUUGAUUCCUGAUAAUUCUCAGGUCAUAAACUCGUCAGUUGUGGAUCGCUGCCCGCAUCGUUCUGAGAUUCAGAGUGUAGCUCUUGCAGAGGGCGAAGGUGAUAAUUGCUUGAUCCUGGGAACAGUUGACUCGUAUGGUCAUCUUAUUGUAUCUCGUUUGGACAUCAUGGCUGAUGACAUUGACAGGACAUCCUAUUCAGUACCACCUCGUGAUUGUGGUGUUGGGGAAGGCAGUUGGGCUGGGAUAUGCUUUAGCCCAACUCAGCGAUCCAUGGUAGCUGUUGCUCGUCAGUUGUGCAAGAGCAUUGACAUCUACGAUCAGGACAUUCAUGUUCGCAGUUUACGCGCGUUAUGGUAUCCAUCUUCAUUUAGCUUUGUUCAAUGCUCACCACAAGUUAAUGAAAGCAAUUCUCUGUUGGCUAUUGCUGAAGGUUCUCAGCUGAGCAUCUGGGAUUUAAGAAUGAACAACAAUGGGGGAUGUGUACAGCGCAUUUCUGGAUCCAUUGGAGAUAUUAUAUAUUCUGUCUGUAGUUCGCCUUCAGGGCCAAUUGCUGUUGGUGGAACAGAUCGUGCUGUCACCAUCUAUGAUCCUCGCAGUUUCUUUCUUGUAUGUAGGUGGUCUGCUUUGUCAAGAUGGGUAGGCUGCUCCAAGUAUGAGAUUACAGGCCUUUCAUUCUCAUCAGUUGACCAAUCUUUCAUCUACGUCCAAGGUGUUGACUAUGAGAUUACCUGUGGAAGUUGGAAAGAAAGUGAACGAGCAUUCUCAUUUCGAGGCGAUUCCAAUUGGUUGGGUUUUUCAAAGUGUGCCAAUACUGAUGUGGUGGCAGGUUGGUGCGAGUCCGGUAGUAUCUUCAUUGCUGAUGCUAGGCAGAUGUAGGAGACAAUUACCUCCAUCUGAUCUCCUGGAGCUCCUGAAAGGCCAUCAGGGCAUAACAUUUGCUGUGUUUUUUUCAUUUCUUGAAGACAGUAACUGCCUGGUACGAACAUGAUCCGACUUCCUGAGUCACAAUCAUUCACUAACAUUCCCAAGAGGAAUUGUGCUUAACUCUCUAGUACUGAGUAGCUUGCAAAACUGAUGCUUACCGACCAUUAGAGGUCUUGAAAACCAUGGCGUUUCUUGGGUCAGAUCGAACGCAGCAAAUUGAAUUCAAUAGUCCCCAAAGAGGGUAUUGUGUUGUACGGUAUCACUAGUAAUUUUGUUUUAUUUUACUUAGUAUUUACCUUCCGUUCAUGGAUUA